CUGCUAUGGGUUUUCCUUUUCAUUGUUUCGUGUUCUUGUGGGCACAAGCCGUCGUGUUAUGUUAGUAGCCGAGCACGACGUGAUCCGCAUUCGCGUAUGGCCCAUAGUACGAGACGAUCUAGAUCUACGACUACAUCCAUCAUCAACCGGUCCGAGGUAUUUUGAAGCAGAGAAUGAAAUAGUCGCAAGUGAUCCUCAUCCUGUGUUAAAUUAAUUGGCCGGACGAGUUCUUUGUGGAGCUCUUCUACCGAUCUCGUCCAGCGCGAUACAGCAGUUGCAACAUAUGCAAUGAAUGGAAUUAGUCGGUUCCAGAAACAAACAGAAAGCAUUGAGUAAUAAUGGUUGAGGGGAUUACAGCUCUGCAACAAGUACAUCAUGGCUAACCGAGGAUGUGGUGGUCUGAAGUACAAGACGCAGUAGACGUGUACUAGAGGAAGACUGUAAGAUAUACAAAGAUAUCAUCUACUUCUUGUGGAGUCGUCCGUCAAGAAGUCGUGUACAACUAGUAGAAGACGAACUAGGAUCCAAGACCAGUCAAGAUAGGUGAACGCGCAGUUUUGGAGGUCGAAGAUGGUCUUCUGGCGCAGUUGAACGCCACUGAGGAGCGGUGGAACAUCUUCUCCACCAGGAAUAUCAUGAUGCAAUGGAAAUGUUGUUCUUCUUGUACUUGCGAAAAAUUUUCCAACUACAACAAUCAUCUAGUACCACGAAGAUCAUAUCAUAUUUGAUCAUGUUGUAAGAACAAAAAAAUGCAGUCCUUCUAUGAUGUAAAAUUCCAUCGGACAAUCAAGAAAUGGAAAUGCGGACGACAGGGACGUAAGAAUACGGAUUCGACCGGCUUCAGCGGGCUAAAAACGGUGAUCAUCGACUUAUCAUGCGGAUGCCAGCCGCGAGCUCAUCCUCGAAAGGAGGGUGCUCUUUGAUCACUGGUGCUGCCAGUGGAGCUAAGACUUCGGCUUCCUAUAAUUGCAAGCGAGCGACGCUAUGGAGGGCGAGGGUUGUAGCGCAGUUGCCAAAAGUCGAGCGCAGUUCUCAACGGUUUUGCGCUGCUGGAACUGCGCAAACGAAUCAUGCACCCUGUCGGAUAAGUCGACUCUUUCCGCGGUCGAGCCGGUUCUUUGCCAACGAUGCCGUUCCAGUGGCGAGAAGAGGGAAUCAUGGUAUCGAUGGUACGAAUCCGGCUCCUGGUGCAGCCAUAGACGAGCAAGUUGAUCGCCUUCCUCUUGUGCGUCGAAACUUCUUACAGCCGCUCGGUUACGAGAGAUUGACAGGCACGCAGGAGCAGGCGUUACCUUUUUUGUUGAACCCGGCGAAAGGCUCUGCGCUCGUACGCGCAGCAACCGGUAGUGGAAAGACACUAUGCUAUCUCCUCUCCAUCUUGCAGCAACUGGGUGACAGGCGCUUCAAGGAGGCCUUUCGGCCGCACACCGCCCAGAGGAAGAAAGAGAAUGCCAUUGUUGAAGCAACUAGUGACGGGUGCGAGCUAGCAACAACAGCUGGUGGAGUGCAGCAGACGAUGACAAUCAGCGCGGGUGUGCGGGCACUUAUCCUUGCACCAUCGCGCGAACUCGCCUUGCAGAUCUCCCACGAGGCGGCAAAAGUUUUCCCCCGCUCUGACGAAGACGAUGAAAAUGGGCAGCAUCUUCAGGACGAUUUGAGGCUCAGUUGUUUAGUUGGCGGUCUCAGGGGUCGGAAAGCCGAUUGCGCCGAUCUGAAGAAGCGCAGGCCAGACGUAAUCGUCGCUACACCUGGCCGUUUGCUUGACCACUUCGAGCAAACUCUGUUUUUUCAUGAUCUCUUCAAGAACCUGGAACUUCUCGUAAUCGACGAAGCCGAUCGGCUCUGUGACCUUGCCUUUCUUGACGAUCUAAAACGGUUGCUUUCGUACGUCUCAUCCAGUAUCGAUGCCGCGCCCCAAGGUCGAAGAGAUGAUGGUGGACCUGUACGACCUAGUGGCCAUCCAUUUCGCUACCUUCUUUUUUCGGCGACACUACCACAAGCACUAGAGACAAAUGUGAUUGCGCGGUAUGUGGACGGAUCGAUCCGACGGAUAGACUGUGUUGACGGACAGGCGGGCUCUGUAGUAAGUAAAAGCACUUCAUCUGGCACUUUCGGUGCAACGGUAGCAGGAGAAAGAACUUCAGAUAUGAAUCCAGUUGAAGUUAUGAGUGCGAGUGAACACGGCCUAGACGAAGGACAGUCCACUAAAGGAGAAUCCGUUUCCAGUUGUUGUACCACGCCGAAUUCGAUGCUACUAGCGCAGACAGCCGAAAUCCAGCCUGCGGAAAACUUGCUUGCAGCGCUGCACCACGCACUUCUACGGGAAAUGCGGCAGCUACCGACGAAUUACAAGGUGAUCGUGUUUUUCCCAACUGCAAGGUUAACGCAGUUCAUGGCAGCUUUUUUUCGAGAGUUGUUGCGGUUUCCGAUCUUGGAGAUCCACAGUCGAAAAGACGCGCAUCGGAGGCUCCGGACGAGUUGCGAGUUCAAAGCAGCCAAAUGUGGCGUACUUUUUAGUAGUGACGUAUCGGCACGUGGCAUGGACUAUCCCGAGGUCUCUUUGGUCUUACAGUUUUUGGCUCCCCACUCGCUGGAGCAGUACGUGCAUCGCGUGGGCCGCACUGCACGCGCAGGACGACCUGGACGAGCGCAUAUCCUACUUUCGCAACACGAAAUGCGGUUUGCGGACUUCCUAUCCGGUAGAGGUUUAGGGAGUGGAGACGUCAACGAAAAUUUAGCGGCACAGCCAGAUGAAGCGAUGACUGCGUCUGCGAAAAAUAGGAGUUCAUCCGCAAACUACAGCAAGACUUCUUCCAUGCGCACGAGGAUCAUGCAACACGUUGGCGCCAGUCUUCCCGCUGUCCGAUUCUUGGACACAGAAAAUUCCACUUAUCAUUCCGAAGCCUUAAACGCAGCCACGACUGCGUGGGUGUCGUCCACGACACUCAAUUCCCUUGCCAGCGCGGCAUUUGCAUCGCUGCUGGGUCAUUUUAAGCUGUACACCAACGUCCUGCAGCUAAAUAACGACCAAAUUGUGCAGGUGGCGACACUCGUUCUCACGGGAUGCGGGAUGGUGCAGAUGCCCGUGCUUUCACAAGAGCUCGCCGAAGGCUUGGGUCUUCAAGACCAUCCAGGACUCAAAAUUGCAAAAGACCUGACAGCAGAAGCGAUGGCAAAUGUUCCCACUGGGGGACCGCGUGUUGACCCAACGCUCCACACGCGAUCAAGGGGCCGUCGUGCAAACGGAGGGAGACAGAAUGCCGCGACAGCAAGGCAAAAAUUCCUCUAGUACCUGAAUGCAGGAGGAGUUUUUAUUACCCGGGGGGAGGGCGGCACGCUGCGCGCUUUUUAGUACAGGAGCGGGCAUCGACAUCCACAUCACGUACUAAAGAGAAAGUCCACAUCCUCUGUCGACGACAAUAAGACAAAAGCUAAUAAUUAAUGUGUGUUUCGCAUCCCAAACAAAGUCACAACAUCCAAGGAUGAGUAGAAUCACAUCUGAGGGCAUCAAGGGAAAUUCCAAUGACACACAGGUAAAUAUAACGAGCUGUAGUUUUAAUGGGGGAAAAUAUUUCAUAUUGUUCACGUCAAUCAGGUUGUAAACACGCGCACCACGCGACUAGACUUCGCAAGAUUCUUUUAAAAGCAAAGGGCGAUACUUGCAAACUCGAGCUCGACGUUAUAGAUACAUGUUGACUCGGGUGUGGCGUGGAAGUAGAAGACACCGAAAGCUGCACUUCACAGAGAAAAGCGAGUCGAAAGUACUGCGUCGAGAGAUUUGAUGGAGAGUUGGCGUCAUUGGAGCGGAGGGCUUAUCGGUACACCAAUAACGAGAACCCCCACAACUCAUUCAUCUCAAGGACUCUUCGGAGUCCAAGGAGCACAAUGCGGAUAUUAACCAACCAUCAAGUAGGAAAAGACACCAAGGAAAGUAGUGAGUGCGCAUUUCCGACAGAAUACAAAGAAUAUUUUUAGGUAGGUAACACCUAAUUAACGUGUGCUUGGCCCUUAUUCAUACAAAAAAUUGGAAGCGAAAACGAAAAGUUGCCGCACGUCAUAAUCACCGCA